GGGAAGGGCCCAGGAAGACCAAGGGGUAUUUAAGGUUGAACGUGAAGUAAUCAGAUGUCUUGACAGUACCUCCUCUUGGAAUUUCUAUCUGAACACCACUGAAACCCAGGAGCUUGUAACUAUUUGCAAAAUGUUUGGGACGGUGGUGGUUGGAGUUGGAAUUGCUGGUUUAGCACGUAUCCGAGACUUGAUGAAUCCGAUGCCUUCYAGCCCUUCUGAGCACCUGAAACUAUUUGGAUUUGUAUCCAGGAGAAGUUUUGGCAAUAUUAAUGAUGCCAARCAGAUUAGCCUGGAAGAUGCUCUGAGAAGCAAAGACAUCCAUGCAGCCUUCAUCAGCACAGAGAACAGAAGCCAUGAAGAAACCAUCAGAAUGUUUUUAGAAGCUGGGAAACAUGUCCUUGUUGAGUACCCCAUGGCUUUGUCUGCUAAGGCUGCCCAUGAGCUCUGGGAGAUGGCUGAGCAGAAAGAUAAAAUACUCCAYGUGGAGCACAUUGAGCUUCUUACUGAAGAGUACAAGCAGCUGAAAAAAGAGGUGGCUGGGAAAGACCUGGUGAAGGGAACAUUGCAUUUCACAGGUAGUGUCCUUGAUGAAAACAAAUCAGGAUUCCCAGCUUUCAGUGGAAUUGCCCGUCUGACUUGGCUGAUUGACCUCUUUGGAGACCUCACUGUUACCUCUGCCACCAGAGAGAAGCAGAAGGAUAAGAAUUAUUCCAGAAUGACUGUUCACUUUAACACAGCAAACAAGAAACCCUUGACUUGGAUUGAAGAAAGAGGACCAGGGAUGAGACGUGAGAAGAAAAUCAACUUCUGUUUCACAAGUGGUUGCCUGGAGAACUUCCCUGAAGCUCCAAGGUCUUCUGUGGGCCUUUUCAUGCAGGAUCAGAACCUCUUUGCAAAGAAACUGCUGGGCCAGGUCUCCAAGGAGGAGCUGGCUGCWGAGAAAUGGCGAAUUUUGCGGUGUCUUGACCUUGCUGAGCUCAUCCAACAGUACUGUGAAGAGCCAGAGAAAAUCUACUCCUGAGACUGCUCUUAGGGAAGGCAAAACGUGGCAGAUGGAAAAGCCGUAGGGCUAGAACUUGCUGGUGCCAUCAAGCAAUUGCUAUUUCUGUUUCCUUACCUUCUUUCUGAUUGUUUGUGGUUMCUGGGCUCUCCAGGUGGUCUGGAGAGCCUGGGCUAUACCCUGUGCCUUGUGGUUUUGCACCAGACCAAAGCAAUGGCCCCUGCUCUGAUGCAUUUCUGUUCUUUCAGGUAGAUUGGAACCUAACAGCAACAAGCUUUCYGGUGAUUUAGCUCUCAGGGAAAUAUCCCUGAGAGUAGAUCCUGCAAGACUUUAAACACCAUAUAUAAUUCUCUCUCCUGGGGUCUGUCCCCCCAUUCCACAUAUGUCUGGAAAUUAAUGUGUUUGAAUAGUAUUAAUGUACUAUUUUCUAGAAAGAAGUAUUAGCYAGAAUUGAGUUCCAGUUCAGUUUUCCACCUCUUUACUUGAAAUACAGAACUUGUGCCACAACAGCCCUGACCCUUUCUUCCAGAUACCCUGAAUUGUUCUGUGUGUUUGCUCUAAUUAGCAGUUUUGCCUGUUAGGGGUACGUGUGUGUGGGAGGUCAUGUGGUUUUGGAUUUUUUGGGGGGUGACUGAGUUUCACACUGGAGGUCAACUGCCUUCAAAGAGAAUCUGUAUUGGUAUCAAACCAAUAGAAUAGGAGUCUUGUCUCUUGAUAGAUGCCAUGUUGGUUUCACUCAGCUUCUCUGGUGCCCUGUGCCAACAUAGAAAUCCUUUUCCAGCAGAGAUUAAGAACAUGCAUUGAACUAAUACAUUGCCUGCCUGCGUUCUACUGAAUCUAAAUCUUUUUCCUUUGUUGUACUGGAGGCAGCAUAUUAUUCUCCUUCAUUUGUGUUCUAAGUCAGCAUGUGAAUGGAUCAUAGCAAAAAAUAGCAAAUAUCUUGCAUUUAAGAAAAGAAAAUCACUAAUGUGCUCCUAAAACAGAGAAAUUCGUUAGGAAUAGUGAUAAAUUUAGAAUAGUAUUGUAGAAACKGGAGCAAUGUGCAAGUAUAUCCUUGUGGUUAUGUCAUGGUUCAUCCCCAGCUGGCAACUAAGCACCAGACAGCUGCUUGCUUAUUGUACCUCAGUGGGAUGGGAGAGAGAAUCAGAAAGGUAAUAGUGAGGAAAAAAAACGGGGUUGAGUUAAUGGCAGUUUAACAGGUAAAACAAAAGCUGCAUGUGCAAGCAAAACAAAACAGGGAAUUCAUUCACUGUUCCCUGCUUCCCAUAGGCAGACACUUGUUCAGCCACUCCCAGGCAAUCAGGGCUACAUCACAGACAACAGCUACUUGGAAAAACAAAUUCCAUCACUCUGAAUGUCACCCCUUCUCCUUCCCCAGCUUUAUAUUCCAUGUGGUGUGGAAUAUUGCUUUGGUCAGUUGGGGUCAGUUGUCCUGGCUAUGUCCCCUCCCAAAUUCUUGUGGCACCCCAGUCUACUUGCUGGUGGGAUGGGGUGAGAAGCAGGAAAGGCCUUGAGGCUGUGCAAACACUGUUUAGCAAUAACUAAAACAGCCUGUGUAAUCAACGCUGUUUGCAGCACAAAUCCAAAAUACAGCCUCAUACUCUGAAUCAAAUCAACUCYACCCCAGCCAAAACUAGCCCAGGUUUAUAGCAAAUGACACUUGUGGGAAUGGGUCUUUAGUGUUUUUACUGUAGUCACAGGAUCACGUAUGAAAACAUUUAUCACUUCCCCAAAGAAGCAUUUUAGUUUUAGAAGCCUAAGCACUGCACAACACUAUUAACAAUUCCUCUGGUUGCCUUUUACUUUCUAAUUACAGCAUCUGUUGGUGCUGUAUUAAUACAGCAGCAAACUGCAGUCUGUGCAACCAUCUUUUUUUUCUGCUUUAUUUUUUAGGCAACUUUUUAAUAAGGGGGCUGUCUUGCUUUGAAAGACAGGUGCUUGCCAGUGAAGGCAGGGACCUCCCUUGGAGUGGUGGAUAUGACCCCCCUUCCCUCCGAAUUAUUACAUCUUUGAAAUCAUGGGCUUUCAGGCAAGAAUGUGGGUAAAAGGCAAUAACAGUUUUUACUAAUAUGUAUAACAAGGUGAAACAAGUAACAACAAUGAUAGCAACAACCAACCCAGCCACAAACCCAGUGACAGCCUUACAGAGACACAGCCUCCCCGUUGGUGCAGUUACAGUCCCAGCCGGCAGGGGCGCUGUUGGCUCCCGGCCGGGCAGGGCAGGUGCGAUGAUUCCCCAGCGGCUGCAGGGGGCGCUGUGGCGCGGGUCCCGGCUGGUUCAGAUCUCCCGGUGGCCAAUGGCGGACACAAAAAUGGCAGAGAUGGAUGGAGAAAAAGUUCCUCUGAAAACUGUCAGGGGAAAACUCCAAUCUCUGUUCUCCCCUGGACAGCAAGAAACCCCAGAAUGGCCAGAUGGGCAAAAAGACGAGCAGAAUCCUGCGGCUAUAGACGGGAUGCAGCAGAACUCAACCACUGCAGCUGGAAUCCCAGGGGUCCCCGGCAAGGCACAGGGGCAGAAGAUCACAGUGCAACAAACAGGAACCAAUGGCUGGAGAUGCUGAGCUCUGAGCAGCAUCAGGCGAGCUCUCCCCUGCAGACAGCAGGUCCACCAUCCUCCCCCGAGCCAAUCAGGGCAGGAAGUGAAUUUACCCCCCGCCCCACACAUACACAUGCCCUCCCCGAGCCCAAAACUCCCGCAAGAACUUCGUCUCUCCAAAGAGAGGGAAAAAAACGCUGCCAGGGAGGAGGAGUGCCCARUGAGACUCUUUGGGUGGGGCUAGGUUCCUUUUGUCUUCCCCAAUCACCCAACCAUCAAAAGAAUGACCUGGCAAUCAGUGUAUGCCAGCAACAAAAUGGGAAAGAAAAAUUCCCCAAGAAAGGAAGCAAAAGGAGAAACCUUAAUCCACAACAGGAGCACAUCUGUUGUGAAUAUAUACACAAUUGCAGCCAGUCAGUAUUGGCAGAAGAUAGUCUUCCUUUGGGUAAAUGUUCAUUCAGAAGUUGGAUUCAUUUAGAUGAAAACAAGAAAGUCUGUAUGAUUUUCUCUCAAAUCAGUCAGAUGUUAGGAGUGACUGGAUCUUGAUAUGCGAAUGAAUUCUGCACGUGACAUUUGUUUACAUCUACCCUAUCUGUUAAAAUCAGUGAAAAUCCUCCUGUUGCCUUCCGAGACUCGUGGGUUGGCAGCAGAUGUGUGCAGGCAGAUCCUGUGCUUGACCACCCAAAUGGGUGCCUUACUGAGCAUUCACAUGCACUUCUGUGCCAAUGGGCAUGGGCAUACAGCAUGGGCAAAUCUGAUGCUGUACAAAGGGGAAAAGUAGACUUCUGGCAAAACAGGGUCCRUCUGGAAUUAGAAUGAAUUAUACUCUUCAAUAUGUGUCUGCGAUGUUGAACAGGCAGUGAAAUGUCCUGUUCCUUGACAAACUCAUCUGUGAAUACGGGAUGAAUGCCUCUUGUUUACAUGAUCACUCACAAUGGGUGGUUGGGGAAGAAGGAAAAAGGGAAAGGAGAUUUACACAUCUUUAGGCAUCAAAAUUAGUCAGCACAUCUCCCUGGGCAUGCUCUGCAAUUGCUGAUGAGAGCAGUAUUUCCCCAAGUAAUGGAGAAUAAGUUCAUGGGAGUUGUGUAGCGCAGCAGUGUAAUAUUGUGCAGUGAAUUGUCCUCUGGAGAAGCUUGUUUCUUUAGAGAGCACCAGGGGAAAUUAGCUGGUUAAUUUGAGCUGGGGAAGGCAGAUGCCUAGAGCUCAUAUAUCCCUCUCUCUCUUCAUUCCCCUCCCAUUCCUGCCAGCUAACCUGCUUACCUACUACUGUCUUCCCUGCUCCUGGGAGCCUGCAUCAUUUAAAUGGCUUUUYCUUCUACCCUGUGAAUUUGCCAAGAUACUGUGCUGGUUUGUAUAUGGGAGCUACUGGAUAUCCAGUUCCAAAUGUAUGUAUUGUUUAACCAGAUGUCAAACUCACCAAUAAAAUAGUGGAACUCUUAAUCAUUCUCUUUAGUUCC